AUGCAGCCAACACUAACAAGAAAGGUUCGCCUGAUAUACACGGGGAAGGAGAGUGAGACAUGCGCUGAACACUGGACAGAUGCCCGGCGGUGUCAGGCCCUGGAGACAACCACAGAAGGCCUCCGCCUACAAGAGCCCUUACGGCCCUCAGUACGUGUACCCGGAACGAGGGAGAUGAUUUGAGGAAAGUCACUGACCAUAUCUGCAGGUACAAGGUGCCCUUCAACAUCAUCGGCAUUGACAUGACCCGCGCCGUGAGAUAGUACGCUCCCCGAACUCACAGCACGCGCGACGGACAUGCUGACCAGUGUGAAAGUGGUGGCCUGGCCGCAGGCUUUGGUGGUGUCGCCGGCGUCUUUGCUCUUUUCUUCUUCGAUGGCGUGCCGAGAGUGCAGAGGGUGGGUACAAACAGUCGAGUUGAAAGAGAUCGGACGCUUACAGACAGCAGGACAUCCUCCAGAAGAUCCCCUUCAUCGGCAACUUCUUCGUUCACGAGAUUCCACCAGAGGACAAUCCGUUCUAG